GCAGAACUUGAUCUUUGGCGGCAUGAAAGGACCUGAGAGCGUCAACGGGGUCGUCGCACCUGCGGCGCAAAGCCGCAAGCGCAAGGCGUUCCUGUACAUCUUCAACAGCGUCACGGCCAUCGUGGCGAUUACCGUCAUCUUUGUCGUCAACACGACGGGGGUCGUGCGCACGAUUGAGACGCUGCUUGGAAGCUACGACACGCCCCGGUCGUACGGCUAUCACUCGUUCAACAUGCCAUUUUUGCUCCGCGAAGCGGCGCUCUCGGGCCCUAGUGUCCAGGACCGCAUCACGAACGUACGCACUUUCUAUAUCAUUUUUUGA